UUUAUACUUUUACUUUGAAAAAUACGUGCCGUGCGAAAUAGUCACACCAAUGGACCAUCAUCCUUCCAACAGUGAUACGACGAAAAAUGAGAGGCAAGCCGCACUUGUCCGAACUGAAAUGAGAUUGCUUUCGAAAAUCUCGACCUAUUUGGUAAACCCUGUUGAUAAAACGACAUCCGACGCAUCUAUACACCGCCACGAGCCAUAGAUUCUGUUAUGAAAACAGAAUGGAAAACACUAACAACAUUCCACAUGAAACGAUCAACUACCGAUGCUCUAUUUUAGCUACUACUUCUUAGUCUCUUUCCAUUCAAGGUGUAAACGGAGCACGGAACCACAUUAAUAUAAAUUUUUAUAAUGUUUUACAAAGAGUUUUUGUCCUUCGUUUUGAUUAUGCUUCUUGCAGUGAGUAAGGGCGCCAUACCGGGCACCUUCUUCUGGAGACCCCGACUGGGCAUAGAUUUGGCUAUCCCUACUACAGAGCCCCCGAUAGCAGCUUUCCAACCUAAUCAGCAAAAUAUCCGAGCUGGGUUAGUGGUGUUGGUAGAUGGUUACGACAUCAUGACGUCCAUACUCGGACUGCUGAAGGGCACAACAUACUCGAGCGAAGACGAUACGAUGAACCCCUCCUCAGGCCUCUACUACACUGGCAUCUACAGAUGGACUUUGAGAACUCUACAAUUAUUACCACAUUGGUUGAGAGGCAAUUUUCACGACGCGCUUGGAGUGUGGUAUAGCCGUUUUAAAUAUAUGGAUGCUCAGGUACCUAACUGGAUGAGGAAAGCAUUACCCUGGGUGCCUAAGGACUCUUGGGAUUCAGAACAUACAGAGUUGGUCAAAUUCAGAAAGUUUAGUGAAAGAGCGUUUUCCCAAUUCUAUAGAUUUCCAUCAAAAGUCUUCAAUAACUUCAAUUCCUUCUUGCCUGAAUCGGUAGAAGAGUUUGUUUUCUCUUCAGCUUCGCAAGAAACAACAACACCUGGACAAUAAUUAUUUUUCGGCAAAGUUAUUAUGACUAUUGUCUCUAGGUAUGUUAAAACUGAUAACAACCAAACAGUUUAUAUAUUAGUUUAUGUAUAUGAUUUAUGAUAUGCUUGCAAAUAUGAACAAAUAGUAGUUACUAUAAAAUGAAGAAUGUUGAAGAAUUAUUGAGGAAUGUUAAUUGGGGUUACA